GGUGCGGAGCAGCCACAGACAAUCGGAGAUGUUUGAGUUUCCAUGCGCAGUGACCACCAGGAGGUGAAGCGUUCAGCAGUGCCGCGCGACCCCUCCUCCUGCGCCGAGCUCUCCGGCCUCCUCGCCACAGGGGCACCUCAAUCAUAUUUCACCCCUACAAACGUCUCUUUUCGUAUGAAAAAGGAGGUCAUGCGACGUGAAUUCUGUCUUCCGCAAGCGAGAAAGUAGAAACGACCUGUGCGCGAUGAUGGAUUUCUCCAAGUCACAGACGUCCUCCCUAUCUGAGGAAGGCACCUCGGCUGCCCCGGCUCCUGCUGGAGUCAAACUGGACCUGUUGAUGGAGCAGUUGCAGAGACAGCACGGGGGCAAGCUGGACCUCAGUCUGCAGGAGAAACACAUUCUCCAAGCUCAGUUCCUGUUUGCUCAACACGCAGCAGCAGCCAGAGCUGCUGGCUCUCCAUUGUUUGGCAAAGCAGAUGGACAAACAUAUCACCACCAGGCUGCCUACACCAACCAGCAGGGUGGAAUGGACGUGGACGAAGACGACGACGAAGAAUCCGAGGAUGAGCAGGAAGCGGGGGAGCAAGGAGAGAAUGAUGACAUGGGGGAUGAGGAGGAAGAGAAUGGAGCUCCUUUCCAACAAAUGAAACACCCUCAAACCCAACAGGUUCCUGGUUACACUAUGAAUCCAUAUGCUUCUCCUCUGGUGGCUCCUGGGAAGCAACAGACUCCACCUACAACCAUCAAACAGGAGCAAGAGGAGAAGGAGAUGUCUCCUGCUGAACAGCCGUCCUUCACCUCACCCAACGGCUUCGCCGACUGGAGCUUUGAUGAGCAAGUGAAACAAAGAGCUGGUGGGAUCUGGUCAGAAGACACCGAUGGAGGAAGAGCACGGGAAUCAUCCAGAGACUUUGCCAAGCUUUAUGAACUGGACAACGACCCACAACGGAAGGAAUUUCUUGAUGAACUGUUCGUCUUUAUGCAGAAACGAGGAACCCCAGUCAACCGCAUUCCCAUCAUGGCCAAGCAGGUUCUGGACCUCUACAAGCUGUAUAGACUUGUGACAGACAAGGGAGGCCUGGUCGAAGUCAUCAACAAGAAGAUCUGGAGGGAGAUCACCAGGGGUCUCAAUCUCCCCACGUCCAUCACCAGCGCUGCCUUCACUCUUCGCACACAAUACAUGAAGUACCUAUAUGCAUUUGAGUGUGACAAGAAGGGUCUCAGUUCUCCCGGAGAGCUGCAGGCAGCCAUCGACAACAACCGCAGAGAAGGUCGACGCCCCAGCUACACCAACAGUCUGUACCGCUACUCUCCCUCCCCGAGCUCUGGACCCCACGCACUGCUGUCCUCGCCCACCAUGCCGCCUACGGCCACCGGCAACAGUGACCCCAAUCAAAUGGCCAGCCCGGUUUUGAAGAGAAGCAAAGUUUCUUCCGAUGAGACCCCGGCUCCGAUCAUGCCUGCCCGGCUGCCCGUGGCCCUGGCGCUGAGUCACCAGCAGCAGCAGCAGCAGCAACAGCUGGCUCAGGCGGCGACCAUGGAACACCUCCGGGAGCGUCUGGAGAGAGGCUCGGCCGGCGCCGCGGACGGACCCGAGAAGAAAAUGAUGCGACUGGCUGAAGAGCAGCAGCGUCUCAUGCAGCAGGCCCUUCAGCAAAACCUGCUGGCCAUGGCCUCCCACUUCAACCCCGUGAACCUGAAGCUCAACAACGGGCACGAAAACAAACAGGACAUGUCCCUGAGCAUCACUACGAAUGGAGCGGCCAGCAUCAGCAUGUCUGUGGAAGUGAAUGGUACCGUUUACUCUGGAACACUGUUUGCCCAGAAGUCUGCUGCCCCUGUGGUGUCGCAGGCUGUGACACAGGCAGGGAAAAGUGGUUUCAGUGCCUUCUCUUCCUCCCACAGUCCCUCUUCCUCGUCCUCCACUUCAUCCAAGGGACCAAAUUGAGCCUCAAAUCAGGUGGUUUUUUUUUCUUUCUUUUUUUUUUUUUUUUUAUAAAAAGCUUGUCAGCCUCAGUGGUUUUGUUCGUGACUAUGGUCCAACCGUAUAGUACCUCAUCUAUCGGCAAAACGUGUAACUCAUUGUCAGCGGUGCAGUUUUUUUAGUUCUUCAUCACACGGUUUAACUAGUGCCUGGUUAGUGUUUUGUUGUAAAAAAUAUAUAUAAAAAAUACCAAGUGAAGCUCUCACUCUUGAAUUGCUAGAUGAUCAUGUAUAGCUCUGUCACUUUUGUCCUCAUCUAAACGUUGAGGUUUCCAAAGUGCAGCUGAAUAAUACCAAAAAGCCUUCUGCUGGAUAACUUAGCUCCGGACUGUAAGCUGAAGCCAUAUCGUGUUUUCGUAGUUCAGACUUUCAGGGAUGUGCCGCACAGGUGUCAGGCACCAUGUAUCAAAAUGAUACCAAACAAAACCUCCUACAGUUAUUUUGCUAUAUAUUUUUUUUCUAUUUAAUGCUCUAGUUCUGCCUCGAAACCACAGCUAAAUGUAUUUUGUGUCGAUGAGUGAAUCACAUUCAGGGUUAUUUGCGCAGCACCACAUGUAGAAUGGAAGUGAUACCGUAUAUACCUCAUUGAAAUAUCCACAAGAGAAGAUCGAUUAUUCUGGACUCAGGAAUCUCGCCGCAGUUAUCGCUCAGUCUCCACGGCUGGAGUUGUUGUGCUGUAUUUUUAUAAACACGACGAAUGUACCAUUGAUGACCUCAGGCUUGAGGCAGUUGAACACUGAAACAGUGCUACCUCACUUCUCUAGAUGAAUAUGCAAUUCUUCACGCAGCACGCAGACGUCUGCGAAGUUCUCGUGUACUGUAUGUGGACAAUCAAGUAUAUUUGCAUCUCACUGUGAACCUGACAACUGUUGAAACCAGAACUCUGUUUUGGUCUUUGAUUAAAAUGUUGGUCAAGAGGAAUUAAAGAAUUAUGUGUGUGUGUGGUAAAGGCUUCGGUUUCUUUUUUUUGUGU